GCGCUCUGUAGUACACACGGGGUGGUUGUUCGGUCUGUCUCGGGAUUGCCCGGACAUUUUCGCCUCUUUGUUUUACUGAAAGUGGAUUUAACUCGGAUUCAACCCAAUAUCCAACGAACUGCUCAGCUUGCGAACAGCCGCAUGCAGACGGCCCGUCCAUGAUGCAGAGCUAACGGCCCACACGCCGGCACAGAAAAGUCGUGGGAGCCGGAUCGUCCACGGGGAAGUCAUGGCGGCGCUCGGAAACCCCGACAUGCUGACCCGGAAGAUCAAGCUGUGGGACAUCAACGCCCACAUCACCUGCCGCCUGUGCGAGGGGUACCUGAUCGAUGCCACCACCGUCACCGAGUGCCUGCACACAUUUUGUAGGAGCUGUCUGGUGAAGUACCUGGAAGAAAACAACACCUGCCCCACCUGCAGGAUAGUCAUCCACCAGAGCCAUCCACUGCAGUACAUCGGCCAUGACAGGACCAUGCAGGACAUUGUGUACAAAUUGGUGCCGGGGCUCCAGGAAGAGGAGAUGAAAAAGCAAAGGGACUUCUACCAGAAGCUCGGGAUGGAGGUGCCAGGAGACGUCAAAGGAGAGCUGUGUAACGUGAAGACUCAUCUAGACCCUCAGCGGAAUGGCGAGGUGAAAACGGAGGACACGACCAGCAAGGAAACGGCUGAGGAGAAGCAGGAGGAAGAAAACGACUACCAUCGCAGCGACGAGCAGGUCAGUAUCUGUCUGGAGUGUAACAGCAGUAAGCUGAGGGGACUGAAGAGGAAGUGGAUCCGGUGCUCGGCGCAGGCCACCGUCCUGCACCUCAAGAAGUUCAUCGCCAAAAAGCUCAACCUUACGUCCUUUAACGAGCUGGACAUUUUAUGCAAUGAAGAAAUCUUGGGCAAGGAUCACACAUUGAAAUUUGUAGUUGUGACGCGAUGGAGAUUUAAGAAAUCGCCCCUUCUUUUGCAUUAUAGACCCAAAAUGGAUUUGCUGUAAUUGGACAAAUUUGGUUGAACUGGCCCCCCUGGCCUCUUUACCCUGGACUCCUUAUAUUUAUGCACAGAUGAUCAUCCCAGCACAGAAACAUACACACACACACACACACACACACACACACACACACACACACACACACGCGCAAACCAUAAACAGAGUUGCAGCACCUGGCUGUAAAGAAAAAGAACAAAAAAAAGACAAAGUUCUAGAUGUGUGAAAAGAAGAAUUGAAGCAUAUAUUUAUACUUUUGUACAGAAGAAAGACUGGAAAAGGACCCAAGACACUACCAUGCUCUGUUUACAUGUCAAUGAGGGACACAAGUCACAUGACACCCUCUUGAUAAAGCUUCCCCUUGCAAAAAAAAAAAAAAACCGGCGAUAUGGUUUCUCUUCUGCACAGUCGUCUGCAUGGACACCAGCGAUUUGGGAAUGGGGGUGGGGUGGAGGUUUUUAACAACUCAUUUUUUUCCUUUCAGGUCAGACUUACCUAGUCUUGGGAGCACAGAAAGUAUAUAUAGUUAUAUAUGACAAUUUCUAAACUGUUUAUUGAGUUGUGUAUUGUCUCUUGAGAUUUUCUUUUGGUUUUUGUUUUUUCGGAGUCAAUUGUGAAUAGUUUGAAAUGUUUUGUUUUUUUUCUUUUGUGUAGUAAUUUAUGUUCUAUCUUAUAUACCAAUAUUGUAUAUAAAAAAAGUCAUUACGAGAGAUUUGAGAGUUAUGGUUUCCAUAAGUGCUAUAAUUGGGGCUACAUACUUUCUGUAGCCUGCUAAGAGUCAAUAGUAGAUAACUUUAGUUGGAGCUGGAUUUAAAAUGCCUACCAGCUUCAUUAUUUAGAAAGUAUAGGGCCAUCAUAUCCUGUAUGCGUAUUGAGUCCUUCUGGUACAUGACUAAGGUUAUAUAGCAUUUCAUGUAUACGGGAAUUGCAUUCGGCCUGUAUGCCCUGUGCCUGUUCUGUACGUAACAUCUUUUCAGUCGGGCUUGAACUAGACACGAGCCAAUCGGGGAUGUCACGGGCGCGAAGGCGUUUUUAUUCGAUACGCGACCUUGGUGGAAUGAGUGAAAUAUGCAGCAAAAAUUUGAAAAAGGAAGCCGUUGCAGAUUUCACUUGCUGCGUUUCGUACAAGGUGCUGCUCCAUUUGAGCUCCAAGGUGUUCUUAACCUGCAGAGUAAAUCUUUAGCACUGGCUUUUUUUCCCUUUCAUGCUGUUUUCCAUUGCCCCCUCUCCCCCCGAGAGAAGUUUCCCUACGUGCUGAUUACAGAACAGUAGCAUUUUUGGUAAAGCUUCACUUGUACAACAUAAAGACCCCAUAUGCAUUAACUAGCAUAUGCAUGCAGUCCGGUCUUGAUGACAUUGCAUCUCAUGACAAGCAACAUAUCUGUGAAAAUGUAUGCACUGAAUUUGGCAAUAUGGCAUGGUAUGAUAUGCCGUUAUAAUUGGUCUCACGUCAUGUUUAUGGCAGUGUAUUAACAUCCUGAGAUUUUAUCAUGUUUUCAUAACAUGGUUAUGUCAUGUUUAUGAGUCGUGUAGCUUUUAAGACGUGUUGUUCAAAUGAAAGUGUUACCAGGUGUUUCGGCCCUGUUCCAGAGGAAGGCCAUACAAUACCUCCUCUCUCAGUCCCAGAGCAGUCAAGUCCUCCUAACCCUGCCUAGAGAGUCCUUCUGAAUGUACAUACAGGAUUAUCCCUUUUAGAAAAACAUUUAAAUGUACAACAUUUUAAACUAUGAAGUUAUUUCAGAUGAAUCAGAAUACCCACUAUCCCUUUUUUAUAUGGUAAACAUCAGAUGUGAAAUAGCAUUUUUAUAUUGAAAUAUUGCUGUGAUGAACGCUUUACGUCAUUUGUUUUUUUUGGAAAUGUAACCUAAUUUGAACUGAUCAAAAAAACCACUACAAUAUGCAAAGAUUUUCUUAUAAGCUGACCCCAAUUUGCACACAAUACAAGACUGCUAUUUCUGCUAAUUUUUAUGACCGAUGUCAAUUAAAGAGAAUUAAUGUAGUCAGGAAACUAAAGCGAGAAUAAUUAAUUCAGUUUUAAUUGGAGAAACAUGUUUAAUCUCCUGUUACAUUUGUAAUGAAUAUUCCAAGAGCAAAAAAAAACCCCAUUUUCAAGUUGUGAAGUCAACGAAACAACCUUUUUAAAUCAUGAUUUCAGUUGAUGAUUUCCGCUGUAGUCACAGCAUAUAUGAUUGGUUUGAUAUUUGUUAUAGUAUUGAGUGACAUCAUUUCUGAUUGGUCUGAUAAUAAGCAGCAGGAGUUCAGGAUCGGCCCUUACAGAAAUAGAAUAUAAAGCAAUGUCUUGAAAUGAGUUCUAUUUUCAAGAGAAUAAGGUAUUGCAAUAGUUCACAAUUUGUGAGCAAAUGUACAAAUUAUUGUUGUUGGCUCUCGUUGCAAGGUGUUUUUAAAAGAAUCUCUGAAAUAUAUUUUAAAAUAUAUUUUCCAAAAAUAUAAUCUAUAUACAGUAUAUUGCAGUAUUUACUAUUUCUGUAAGGGCUUGGUUCCUGCUUAGAGUACUACAGUUAUGUGAGCAUUGAAAUGGGAUAAAAUCCUUUUUGCAUGUGCGUCUCAUUGCAAAUGUUGGACAUGUAAUUCCUGAAACUGGAAACUGGAAUCCAAACGGCCUAUCAUCAAAAUUUCAACAAGGGUGGAAAAUACAGAUGCUGCUUCAGUGUAAUUUUUGGAGAAAAGCCCUAGAUUUUGGCCUCCCUCAGUUAAUUCAGGCUGCAUUUUUGCCAUUGUAUUGGUGCUACCUUGAGGACUUUUGACUUUGUAUUCUGUUUUUCAGUUCAGUGGAGAAGAUGUGAUCUGUUUAAAUUAUCUUUGCCUUUCCUGUUCCAUUGUUUUCUUUCCUGAGGAUAUGAUUUGUCUUGUAUGCCUUUGACCAUAGCUUACCCUCACAAACCCAGAUGUCAUCACAUCUGUUGGGUCCAUUAAGACACAAAACUAACAGAAAUUGAGCUGCAAUUUACUACAUCAAAAAACUGCUUUGCUUUGUUGAAGCAGUUUUUUAUAUUUGUCACUUUGCAUCGACAAGUAGCUAUUUAUCCGUUGUUGCAGUAAGAAACUGAAAUUGUCACGACAAAAACAAAAUCUGAUGAUUGCUAUUUAACAUCAAUGGCCAAAGCGUUUGAGUUAGAAUUUCAUUUAAGAGCUAUUAUAAUUAUACAGCGGCUUAAUUUUUAUUUUCUAAAUGAAAGGGGAAUUUCAAUCUAAUGUGUGCUUUGUACUGUGUAAUUACAGCUCAGGAAUUGACCUGAGCUUUGGGACUAUUGUUUGAAGGUGGGGGAGUUUGCCAUGGAGAAGGUUGGCUGCUCAGUGUGGUGCUAAUGGUUCUACUGUAUUGGAUUCUAACCUCCAGGCUGCCCCAUCCAGACACCUCUGUUCUCCCAACACCUUUUGAAGCUUUCAGUGCCCAAACCUGGCAUUUGGUAGCCCAGCACUGGAGUUUGAUAGUCCAUGUGUAAGCAUUCAGUAGCCCUCGUGUAGGCAUUUGGCAGCCCUCAUGUAGGCGUUUGGUAGCCUAGCGCUGGCAAUUGAUAGCCCUUGUGUAGUUAUUGGCUAACCUCAUGUCAGCGUUUGGUAGCCUAGUGCUGGCAUUUCGUGUUUGGCAUCUCAACAAUGGUGUUUGAUAGCCCUCGUGUAGGCCUUUUAUUCUCCUCCUGUAAGUGUUUGGUUGCCCAGCGGUGGCUUGUGGUAGCCCUCAUAGGCAUUUGGUAGCCCAACACUGGUGUCUGGUAGCCCUCGCAUUGGAGAUAUCUGAUUUUUUUGUAAUCAUUAUCUCCCCUACAGCAGUUGAGCUGUCCCUGCUGUGAAAUUCAAAUGCUCCCCUUCAACCCCCCAAGUUACGGGUGCACUGUUAUUGGAGCUUUUGGCUAUUACAGCCAUUACUUCAGAGGUUUGGGGGCUUUAAAAAAACUCUGACUCGGUAUACCGCGUGCAAGCUGCUGUCCUUCUCAUCUUACCCAGGGACAGACUCAAGCUUGUUCGCUGACAGUCAGCAUUGACCUUAGGUUUAGCUUUUUUUAAAGGUGGUCUGGUGUAAUGACAAUCCAGUCCUGAUUUCACUCUGCAAUCCACAGCUUGAGCAGAGCUAGAGACUUUGUCAUCCCUUCAGCUUCUGAAGGUCCUGAUACAAACACCGUGCUGCUACCAAUCCCCAUUCAUCACUGAACAGUAGUCUUCGCAGUUGCUCUCCGGGGCUGAUGGCUGAGUUUCUCUCCAGCAUUCAUAGAGCCGGAGUACCUCUUUUGUAGUUGCUCAUCCAUUCCCUGCUUCGAAAUGCGGUGUGGCGUGUGCCGUCACACGGCAAGAGCCUCUGCACCUUGAUGCGCCCCGGCAAAACUGCCAAGAGCACAUCAGGGAUUAUUCCGGAAAUGCGUACCGCGCAUAUUUUGGGCUAUUCCGCUUUGUUGCUGAACAUUUCUGUCUCCUCGGCUGUCAGAGUGUAAAAGCUGUCUUGAUUAUGUAUGCGCUCAUGACACCCGAGUACUCCACCACAGCUUGAGUCUUGGUCACGCAGUUAUGUUUAACAGGCGCUACAGUGGCACAGUGGAUAGCAGGGUCCUCCCACCAUACAAAGACAUGCACAUUAGGCUACUUGGGGGGGCUUUAAUGAACGGUUAGGUGUUCCCACGGUGUUGGCUUUGCCAAUCGUCGCAGCUCCCAGGAGGAAAAUUUUGGAUGGGCCAAUGGCAGCACGGGAGCAGUAGGCGAAAGCUUUCAUGCCCCGCCCCCCAAGAGCAGAAGGAUGUGGCCACCUUGCGCAUUACUGUAUUGGGCAACACAAAAACUUGUUUAAGAGAGGAAGAGAGAUCGAGGCUCUUUCCAAUUGUUUAUUUUCCUUUUCUUUUACCUGACCGGGGAAUCGAUCUUGGUAUGCCACAUUUAAGGACAUUCCAACCCGUUCAAUGUUCCUCCUAGGAGCUAGUAGAAGUUAGGAGGCUCCCAAAAUUUCCUUUGAACAAGGAAACACGAGCACGUCCUUUGAGCGUAAUUUUUUCAGAAAGCGUGAUGUAUAGGCGAUCGACCUGUGGAUCCUCCUCUCCCCAUGUACCACGCAUCUGUAACUGACGUGGCUUCGAGUUUUGAGCAUUUGCCCAAUUCACGUUUUUUCAAAAAGCUAUUUCUCCACCUCACCUCUUUUUCUAGCCUCUUGGGAUUAAUGGAACUAGGGCUAGGAAAGGGAGCAAGGUGAAAAUAAGUGAUUGGAAAGAGCCCUUGGUUUCUGUUCCUGUUAUUUACGGAAGAAAUCACUCUGGCAAACCACCAUGAGCUCAAAUAACACCAUCAGUUUCACUUAUUGAUAUAUAUUUAUUAUUAUUAUUAUUAUUAUUAUUAUUAUUAAUUUGAGCAGCAGCUCAGCCAUCAUAGACAUCAGGUCCCAGUUUCUUUUAGGAUUGCAUUUUUAUUUUUAACAUUUUCAUUUUCAGUGCUUCAAGUCCAGGAUUGAAUUUUAUUUCAAAUUAUUACUUUACAAACAAACAAAAAAAAGGCAAUUAUAAUCUUUAAUUGUAAUCCCUACUGUUCCCUGUAAGUAUGAUCAUGUUUGGAUUCUUCUUUUAGGGCCAAGGUCUUCUUCCUCAGGCCAGAAGUCAGAGUUCAUGUGGUUCACUAUGUUUUUUUGUAAGUAAGAAAUGUGCAAUAUACACUUCUCAGAUGGUUCAGAGCUAAAACUGAAAACUCCAGUUUUUUUUUCUUUCUUUUUUUGCCUGUCCCUUUUUCUCAGGUGAAAGAUUGCCUUCUCAGCCUCUGUCGGUGGUAGAAUCUCGUUUCACACUAAUGCACACUUAAAAUAAAAUACGGGAGCAUUUUCCUUUUUCUUUUCUUCUCAUCUUGGUUCCUUUGUUGCUUUUGGAUGUUUUGGUGACACAUUUUGAGAUUUGUGUUAAAAACACAGGCACUUAUUUCAGUGUCCUUUCUUCCUCUUUAUUUUGUAUUAUGAUUAUUUAUUGCACGUUAUUAAAAAUGUGUGUUUUGGUUUUUUUUGCCAUGUGAAAGGAAUUUGGGGUCAAAGGUUAAACAAGUGAAGAGGACUGAGCUGGUUUUUCUGACACAUUGAGGAAGCAUUUCAGUGAAAUUUUUCAGAGUGUGUAUUUCAUGAAUAAAUGCCUUUAACAUAA